AUGCAAUAAAGCAAAUUAAUUUCAUUUAGCACCUAGAGGCUAAAAUUUAUUCCAUACACAGCUGAAGUAGUUGAGACAUAUCAUACGUGGAUGUAGGAUCCAGAAAUACUCUAUUUAACAGGGAGUGAACCUUUGAGUUUAGAGGAGGAAUAUAAAAAUCAAGAAAGUUGGUUGAAUGAUCCCUUAAAACAUACAUUUAUCAUAAAAAACGAUAAAGAGAUGAUUGGUGAUGUCAAUCUAUUUUUCCAUCAAUACUUAGAUGAUGAUGAGGCUGAAAUCAAUGUUAUGAUUGGGAAUAAAAAUGCCAGAAGACAAGGGUUUGCAGAAGAAGCUAUAAAAUUGAUGAUGAGUUUUGGAUUGCAACAAUACAAGAAAACUAAGUAUGUAGCAAAAAUUAAGGAUUCAAAUGAGGGUUCAAUUAAAUUAUUCUUAAAAAUUGGUUAUAAGGAAAUUAAAAAGCUACCUCAAUUUGA